GCAAAGGCAGUGGAUUUUGAGUCUCACCCAAGAACACUUGUCCGACAUUCUCAUUCCUCUUUGGUUUUUAAGGUUCCAUCAAUUUUUAUGUUUUAGUUGGCAAACUGUUACCGUAAUCUGUAAUCAUGUCGCAGUCUAAUUGGGAAGCCGAUAAAAUGUUGGAUGUCUACAUAUAUGACUAUCUGAUAAAGAGGAAAUUACAUGCUUCUGCAAAGGCAUUUCAGUCUGAAGCAAAAGUAUCCACUGAUCCCGUAGCUAUUGACGCUCCUGGUGGUUUUCUAUUUGAAUGGUGGUCUGUGUUUUGGGACAUUUUCAUCACUAGGACAAAUGAGAAGCACUCAGAAGCUGCUGCUUCUUACAUUGAGACUCAAAUGAUGAAGGCUCAAGGAUUGCAGCAGCAGCAGCAACAGCAACAAAAUCAGAAGCCUCAGCAGAAUCAGAUGCAGCAGCUGUUGCUGCAACGGCAUGCUCAGCAGCAGCAGCAACAACAGCAGCAGCAGAGUGAAGGACCACAGAUACUUAAUGGAAUGGUAAACGGGCUUGUUGGCAAUGAUCCCCUUUUGAGACAGAGCCCAGCAACUUCAAAUGCCUUGGCAACAAAAAUGUAUGAGGAUACAUUUAAGAUUCCACUCAAGAGGGAUCCCAUGGAUGAUGCUGCUCUGAAGAUAGGUAUACAGCAAAGGUUAGGUGACAAUGUGAGCCAGCUGCUAGAUCCUAAUAAAGCCUCAACUUUAAAAGCAGCUGCCGUUGAUGGCCAGCCCUCAGGGCAAACACUGCAUGCUACACCUGGAAGCAUGCCAAGAAACCUGCAGCAAGUUAAAAAUCGGGGCCCACAACUUCCAGUUUCCUCACAGGAUUUUAGGAGUGAUAUUAAUUCAAUGGUGAAUUCUAGAGCUGCUGGUGCAGAGGGAUCAUUGAUUGGUGUUCCCGGGUCAAAUCAAGCUGGUGGGAAUUUAAUGCUGAAAGGAUGGCCAUUGGCAGGUCUGGAUCAGCUUCGGCCUGGGCUUCUUCAGCAGCAGAAGUCUUUGAUUCAGUCCUCUCAGGCCUUCAAUCAACUUCAACUGCAGCAACAACUUUUGCUUCAAGCACAGCAAAACUUGUCAUCACCUGCUGCCAAUGACAUGGAAUAUGGAAAACUGAAAAUGCUUCUCAACAAUCGGAAUAUAGUUCUUGGGAAGGAUUUCCAAUUAAAUCCCAUUGGUGAUAUGGUCCCAAAUGUUGGAUCACCUUUGCAAGUUGGCUGUCCUGUAUUUCCUCAUGGAGACUCGGAUAUGCGUAUGAAGUUACAGCAGCAACAACUGCAGACCACCAAUCAACGACAAAUUGUUCAAAAUCUACUUUCCAGUCAACAGUCUCAGAACUCAAAUCAACAUCUUCAGCAGCAAGAUAAAAUGAUUGGUACUAGCAGCAUGACAAUGGAUGGGAGCAUUUCUAAUGCCUAUCACGGAAAUGAUCAGGCUCCAAAAAACCAAAUUGGUCGAAAAAGGAAGCAGCUGGGGUCAACUUCAGGUCUUGCUAAUAGCUCAGGAACUGCAAAUACUACUGGACCAUCACCCAGUUCACCUUCAUCACCUUCUACUCAUACACCUGGAGAUAACAUCUCCAUGCCCACCUUGCCGCAAAAUGUUGGUUCCCCUAAGUCUUUACUUAUGUUUGGUUCUGAUGGUUUGAGUUCUCUUACACCAGCUCCAAAUCAACUGGUCAUGACACAAAAUGAGUUGGCUGAUAUGGACCAGUUUGUGGAUGAUGGGUCCCUAGAUGACAAUGUAGAUUCUUUCCUAUCUCCUGAUGAUACAGAUCCAAGAGAUAGAGUUGGUAGGUCUGCUGAUGGCAGCAAGGGCUUUUCAUUUACGGAACUUCGUCGGAUUCCUGCAAGCACAAGUAAAGUUGAAUGUUGUCACUUUUCAUCGGAUGGAAAGUUGCUUGCCACUGGUGGACAUGAUAAGAAAGCUGUACUAUGGUGCACAGAGUCUUUUGCUGUCAAGUCAACACUUGAAGAGCAUUCUCAAGGGAUUACUGAUGUCCGCUUCAGUCCAAGUGUGUCAAGACUUGCUACAUCUUCAGCUGACAAAACCGUUAGGAUAUGGGACGUUGAUAAUCCAGGAUAUUCUCUUCGUACUUUUGUUGGACAUUCUACAACUGUCAUGUCAUUAGACUUCCACCCAACUAAUGAGGAUCUCAUCUGCUCCAGUGAUAAUAAUAAUGGGAUACGAUACUGGAGUAUCAAGAAUGGUAGCUGUGCCGGAAUUGUCAAAGGUGGUGCGACCCAGUUGAGAUUUCAACCACGUAAUGGGAGGAUUUUUGCAGCUGCUGCUGAUAAUUUUGUGUCCAUACUUGAGGUUGAAACCCAAUUAUGCAGUGCUAAAUUACAGGGUCAUAAAAACCUAGUACAUUCUGUGUGCUGGGAUCCAUCUGGGGAGUAUCUGGCCUCUGUGAGUGAUGAAUUGAUUAAAGUGUGGAAUGUCGGCUCUGGUAGCAAAGCAGAAUUCAUUCAUGAAUUGAGUUGCACUGGCAACAAAUUUCACACCUGUGUUUUCCACCCUACUUAUCCUUUGUUGUUGGUCAUUGGCUGUUAUGAGACCCUGGAGCUUUGGGACAUGACUGAGAACAAGACAAUGACACUGCAUGCUCACGACCAACUAGUUUCUGCAUUGGCAGUAUCUAAUACUAAUGGUUUGAUAGCCUCAGCUAGCCAUGACAAGCAUGUCAAGCUAUGGAAGUGAGCUGUCUCUCUCGUUUUUGCUGACCAUUUUGCUAAUAGUAUAAUUUCUUCAGUCCUCAUAUGUAUCUACUUUCCAACCACAUGGUUUUUCUGACGGUACCCUUUUGUCGUCGUUCUAUGUGACAGACUGUUUUGACAGGCAAAGCCUUAUUUCUUUUUCUUUUGUUCCAAGCUGGUGUUCUGGAAAGGAGAAACUUAGGCAGAUGAAGUUCAGUAGCUUAUGAAGUGAUUCGUACAGAAAAUAUAUUGUGCAUGUCAUAUAUAUACAGUAGUUCUAGUGUUUCUAAAUGAACAUUUUAGAAAUGAGAAAUCUUUAUCUUCCUCUCAAUGAAGUUAUUAUCAUGGC